UCCCCAAAACCUUUUUAGACUAUCAAUCGCUGCGUCUUAUUUCUCUUCUUCGAAAAAUCACUCACUUUCUUUCCUUUGUUUCUGCUACUACUAUGACGUCCAACAAGAUCAUCCUCAAGAGUUCCGACGGUGAAUCUUUCGAGGUAGACGAAGCUGUUGCUGUUGAGUCCCAGACGAUCAAGCACAUGAUCGAGGAAGACUGUGCCAGUAACGGAAUCCCGCUUCCUAAUGUCACUGGAGCCACCUUGGCUAAGGUAAUUGCGUACUGCAAGAAGCACGUGGAGGCCGCCUCUGAGGCUGAUGGUGUUGACAAGGAUUUAUGUGGUUCCAACGAGAACGAUGAGCUUAAGAAUUGGGAUACCGAAUUCCUUAAAGUCGAUCAGCCUACUCUCUUCGAUCUUAUUCUGGCUGCUAACUAUCUGAACAUCAGUGGACUUCUUGACCUUACGUGCCAGGCCGUGGCUGAUCAGAUGAAAGGCAAAACUCCAGAUGAGAUGCGUGCUCACUUCAACAUCAAGAACGAUUACACACAGGAGGAAGAAGAGGAGGUUCGCAAUGAGAACAAGUGGGCGUUCGAGUGAUUGGAUUGGGACUUCCGGUGUUCCUCUAGGACAACUUAGUCUUUAGUCUUUCUUCUUUCUUAGAUUUGGAUUGUCUUUUUUUAUUUUUUUAUCUUCUUUUGGUUUGGAGUUGUCUUUAGAAUUCAAGAUGAAAACCGAAUGCUUUUGUU